AUGAUUUAACAAGAAAAUCAAAAAUAUAAAUUUUCCUCUAAGAAUUACAUCAAUCCUAAUUCCUCCUUUAAAAAAUAUGUCAAAUGUGAAAUUAAUGAUGAAGAUAAACAACAAAUCUUAAAAGAGGAAGCUCAUCGUUCAUAACUUUCUACUGAGGAUUUUGAAGAAUCCUCUUAAAUUAAUAGCUUAAAUAAGAGAGGGAAGAUAUAAAAGAAAAAGGAUAUGAAUCAAGUUUAUAAAUCAGAAACAAAAAAUAUUCCAAAAAAUUUUGGAGUAUUAUUGAAAAAAUAUUUAAGUAUUCUAUUUAACUUACAAAUUUAGGUAAUAAAUGGAGAGAAAAUGAAGCAAUUAGGUAAUUUGUAAAUAAUGGGGAGAACAAAAAAAACUUUUCUAGAUAAGAUUUUACUAAACUCUUUAAUGAUGAAGCAGCAGCAUAACUAUCAAGAGAGUACUUCUCUGGAUUUCAAAUAAUACAUGAUCUUAUGAUAAGUGAAAAAAUAUAAGACAUCAAAAUCCAUCUUAAAUAUAUUAGCAAAUUUUAUAAUUCUACUUUCAAUAAAGAGGAGCUUGAUGAAUUAAAAUUAUAAUGA